AUGAACAAGAUUAGAAGCAAUUCUUUGAACUUUCAGUUAUUUGCUCAGCCAUGCGAGGAAAAUGACGAAGUCUUCAUUCUGUUAUUUCUGCGCACUGAAGUUUUUGAAUAUGUGUUGCAGUUUUUACAAGAAAAAGAUCCAAAUUUGAAAGAAAAAUAUUUACAGUUUUCGCAUUUGUCAAUAUUACCAGAAAUGCUUCAAGACGAUGUUAUAUUAUCAUAUAUGACUCACUUGGAAGCAUUACAUAAGAAUUUUACUAAGAGAUUUGAGAAUCUCUUAAAUUUACAAACUCCUCAAUGGAUAAAAAAUCCGUAUAAUACCACAGCCAUAGAAGAAGCCAACUUGAUAAUGCAAGAAGAGUUGAUCAUCAUCAGCACAGACGAGGAGCUUAAGCAGAAGUUCAACCAAGGCUAUCAGAAGUUCUGGUUGCGGCUCAACAUUGAAACACAGUAUCAUGUAUUGUAG